AUGAAGAUGUGGGCUAAGAUGUCAUGCAUAAAAAUCUGCCUUGGGCGUUGUCUCAGGCUCUCGCGACCCAGGCAGCAUUUUCUUGUUUCCCAGUCUUUAUUUAUAGAUCGGAUAGUUAACUUGGAUUCCUUCUCUCUCUCUUUCCUCGAGACCACGCUUCUUUGUGCAAACAAAAUGACGACAAAUCCAGGCUACAGGCAAUUGGAGCCAUGGUUAUCACAAAUUCGCUUACUCCACCUCCAACCUCUACGAAACAAAGAUCACCGAUCAUCAGCACCAUGGUAUAAAUGUGUCAGCCUCGAAUGCACCUUCGAGACAGUACACUUAGCCAACGCUCCACCCUAUGAAGCCCUAUCAUACACAUGGGGCGACGAAGCUGCCUCGAUUCACAUUCUUUUGAACGGCGAGGAAUCUCUAGUACGGCCUAAUCUAGCCUAUGCUUUGGCUGCUCUGCGUAUCUCAGAGCCUCGAGUGCUCUGGGUUGACGCACUAUGCAUAAAUCAACAAGAUAACACAGAGCGGAAUCAUCAAGUUGGGAUGAUGGGCGACAUCUUCCGUCGAGCAGAGCGAGUGUUGGUCUGGCUUGGACGACCUAGCUCUGGCUGGGACUCAUCAGUUGCAGGCGCUCUAGAAAUGGCAAAGAAAUUUGGUGAAAAUCCUCCGACUUCGAAACUUCCACCGCCGCCGCCUCAACCCGACCUCCUUCACGAAUCCCAAUUUCACCAAUGGAUCAGUCUAUUCCCACAAGACAUCGAAGAACGGAAGAACGAGGAGAAACAUACGAAAGGUUCAAGCGAGUCGAGUGCAUCACCAUUGCAAGAACGCCUAGAUCAGAAACGACUACGAUGGAAUCGAAUGAGAGAUGAGCAUGCGCGAUACGAACUGAGAGAGAAAAGACUGCCAGCUAUGAUGGAAGACACAAAGAAAUACCUGCCAUGCUUAGCGCAAACGAAACAGAAACUGGAUGAGCUCCAAGCUGAGGAGCUCAAACAACAAGAGUUGCUCAACGACCUAAUGAUCUCGGAAUCUAAACAGCUCACCCUACUACAUGCACCUCAGCAGCGACUGUUACAAGACUUUAAAGGUUGUCAAAUGCGAGACUACCAAGAAUUUAGCAUUGCAGGCCUUCGAAAGCCGCCAGAAGCUUGGGAAGUCCAGCAAGGUGUUGCUCCUGAACUUGGAAAACAAUUUCGCCUCAUCACCCACAUUUCUGGUGAAGAUGGUCAGGAGCAAGGAAUGACAGAAAGGCUAUUCUGCGAAAUACUAGUCGAUCUGGGGAAAUUCCAGCGGUCGAUUUAUGACCUUCGUGAGCAGCUGCACAGAGAAGGGGUAUCGCCACCGCUCAGAGAAAGGAUCUGGCGACUCGAGAAGAUGCAACAACUUGAUAUGGACCAGCGCCGUGGCCUUGCCAAGUUACGGGAUCAGUUACAGGCAUGGCAAGAACCAACAGACAAACAUUACGGAGCAGGCCUGGAACUACUGCAAUCGCAACUCGGGAAAUUUGAACAACGAGUGGAAGAUUGGGAAGCUCUUCAAAAGGUCCAAAUAAACAAUCUAGGAGACCUGCCCAAGUUCACCACUGAGCAAUAUGAAUCAUUACAGAGCUUCAUAACACUACAACGCCAAGAUCUUGAGGAGUUGAAAUUGAGCCUGAGGACAGGUGCACUGUUGCUCAGCCCUAGCUUGGGUGCGUUUCUAAGAGAAGAGGAAAUUCAAAUCUCAGAGAAAGUUAGGAGUAUCAAACAGGAAAUUCUGAAACAACAAGUCGUUUUGCGAAGUACAGAGCUGAAGAGGUGGGGAAUCGAGGUGGUUGUUCAGCAAAGUGACAGGUGGCGCUCAAGCAUAUAUGAGAUGGAAAGGCAGCAAAAAAUCGAAUGGGGUAUCCGAGAAGAAUCUCUCAAAGCUCAGUUUGAAUGGGUCCAACUCUGGCGGGACAUGGUAGCGUGGGAAGCCAAGGAAUGGCAUGAUCUUGUCUUUAGUCAGACUGACACACCUCUCGGCUUCCCAGAACUGAAUCUGCUCAGCCUAGAAAGUAUUUGCCGCCUACCAUACUGGAGCCGCCUUUGGAUAGUUCAAGAGGUGCUCUUGGCGAAAGAGUUGGUUUUGUGUUUCGGAGAUAACGCCAAAACCACGACACCUUGGGAUCUACUGACCAGAACCCGAGACUCCUUGGAGCAGAUGCCAAGCUUCUGGCAAUUUGCUCCAGCUGUCAGCGCAUCUAUAAAGGAGAUUAAGCAUGCUUUUCCGCUUCGGUUGGACCAACUACUCAAGGAUAACGGACGAUCCUGGCCACUACACAAGCUUGUGGAUAUUACUAUAAACUCCUUGUGCCACGAUCCCAAAGACAAGGUAUACGGUCUUCUUGGGAUUACCAGCGGUUUUAGAUUUGGAGAUUUCGACGUCAGAUAUCAGGACCGGGUGGAGGAUGUUUACUGGAACGCGAUUCUAUGGUAUCAUUCAAAGCAUGGCGAGGAAGUAAGCUCUCCCAACCUUGUGAGUUUUAGCCAGCUUCUACAACUGUCGCUCAAAAACGCCGAUUCUUCUCCACUGUCUCUCGAUGUGAAUCGAUUGUCGGUAUCCACGGGAAGUCUCUGCAUGAAGAAAAUACUCACUAGCCCUAUUCUGCCCAUUGAGAAAUUGAUGGGGGACAAAGACUUAUGGCAAACACGACGGCGGGACUGGAUCAGUACUCUAGUUGAGUAUCUCGACGAUUCAGGCUUUCGGGGACCAAAGACAGCCAUAGAGGAGGAAAUAUUGUAUCUUGACUCGGUCAGUACGACUUUGUCCAUGACGACUUCCUUAGCAUACGCAGUUACAAAUGAAGAUGUGUCCAACGAAACCAGCUUAGCGAUAUGUCCCCCCCAUGAUAGACUAGGACAAGGGAAUGGACCGCUUUUCUUCGUUACUGACGGAAAAUUCGGUAUCGCGUCAGCCUGCAUCAGAGAAGGAGACCUCCUAUGCCGAUUUCCGGGCUCCAAUCUAGGCGUGGUUCUUCGCCGAGGAGUAGGUCAGUACAACUUGGCCAGCAAAGCAAUCAUGUCGUCCAUCACGAAAACGAGCAUGCCCAAUAUCCAUGACCAAACUUUACUUGACCGCCCAACAGAUUUCACAGUUGAACCGACUCGGAGACAAUCAGUGGCCAAUGGAGAGAGUUCUGUGGAUUUGAUGCUUGACAUCACAACAAUUCUGUCUCUUACAAGUCCUCUGGAUAUCGUCAGCAAACAUGAAAAACGAGAGCCUCUGUGUAUUCAAGAAACUUCAUUUGAGUGGUUCGAGUUCGCCGAAUGGGGACUUGAUGUAGCUCUAUGUCAAGAUCAACAAGUCCAGACACCAGAUUGUCCGCCAAAGGCCAAGCAGGAACCAAAUCCCGCAAGUACUGAAAAGUUCAAGGCGAGGACAAGUGUCGUAUUCCCUAAGAAGACUUUGGUGACCGAUGAUGUGUCGAAACUGAUGUCGGUCGUAACCAAGGUCAGCCUGGAUAUUGGUGAAUCACACCCGGCAUUUCACUAUCCCGAUCCUAGAGUCUCGACAAUCCUCGGCUCUAACACGCCAGUCAAUCACUCCACUACGAUGGCAAGUCCAUAUAAGGAGUCUCAUAGACCUAAAAUCAAGCAUGGACCGUCGUGGAUGGUGGAAUCGCGAUAUGGAUUGAGGUCAGCAAUGCUGAAGGCGUUAUAG